AUGGCACAACCUUUAACAAAUGCCAACAUAAGAUCCUGCAUCAAGAAAGAAUUUAAACUUUCUGAAGAAGAGUUUGAUGCGAACCACAUCAAUGUUCGUGCUCUUUAUGCUAGUCAGGGACUUGAAAAAGAUGUUAACAUGUAUGCUAAAGAAGAGGUAAUAACAACAAAAAACAAAUUAGUUAGAUGUACAAUGAGGUUCCAAACUAUUGAUGAUGAUGAUGAACAUGUGCACGAUGCUUUUUUACACUAUAUGAGCAAUAUCAUCUCACUUCCAAUCACUGCAGCAAUGUCUAACAGUUCCAGUCAUAGUUACUGUAUCAACGGCCUUUCACCUACUACUACUACUACUACUACUACUACUGCUGCUACUAUUACUACUACUACUACUACUGCUACUACUUCUACUACUACUAUUGCCGCUACUGCUACUACUACUGCUACUGCUUCUACUACUACUACCGAUACUACUGCUACUACUACUACUACUGCUACUACUGCUACUACUAUUACUGAUACUACUGCUACUGCUACUACUACUAAAAAAUGCUGA